AUGGAGCAACAAGCAGCCGCAAGUACGGCCGCUGUGUGCCAAGAAAGCAGAGAGGAUCCUCGGCUGCUUGGCCGCCGAAACCUCGAUGGGCGGCAACAGCAACGGCAGAAAGCUCGCAUGGAGGAGCUUGCAGCAGAAGGAAGGAAAGCAGCUGCCGACCACAAGGCAGCCGAGAUUCGACCGGGCUGGUCCCGGGCCUUGCGAGAGGCGAAAGUGCGAAGCACAGCCUGCAAAGACUCUGAGGUGCUGGGUGCCAUCCAUGAAGGCAGCCGAGUGCUAGUGGCAGAAGUGCGCGGCAAAAAGGCCCGCAUCCAACAGCCGCUCUCUGGCUGGAUUGCUUUGUCAAAGCACACAGAGCCCGUGCUGGAGCAGGAGUCAUGCCAGGUGCAGGAAGGCGAGCUCGCAUCGUCUUGGGUGGUCAGCCACGUGUUGGCACGUCUUUCGGAGCCGGCGCAGCAAGCUGAAGAGCGGCCGCUGCUGACUGCAAGCUUGCCGGAGGCACCAGCUGAGGAGAACGUUGACCAUGAUGCCGACGUGGACUCAGAGGUGGAACCGCCAGACACUCCCAUGACGACUCCUGAGGCUUCCGGAUCUGCAUCUCAGCCUGCCAGAAGCUGGUGGGCCACGCUGCGCCAAGCUCUGAGGAGCGCCUUCCGCUGUGCCGGCUGGUGUAGAGGAUGA